CUUUUUUUCCCUAGGUUCUGUGAGCCGCUUGGACCGACUCCCCUCCAAGAUGGAGGAGCCGUCAUUCAGAGACAGCGAACCCUGGUACUCUCGGCCAGUUUAUGCAAGAUUCUGGCAGCAUUAUAGCCAAGCCAUGCGCUGGAUGCAGAGACACAAAAAUGCUUACCGGAAGGCCGUGGGAUCAUUCUACAGUUUUCCGGCCCACCGCCCCGAGCCUCCGCCGAGCAGCCGUUACGCCGACUGGAGCGGGGACGACCUCCCGGCCCGGAGCUGGCCGAGGAAAUCGGGCCGUCGUGACUGGGCACAGCGAACGCCGGACACCCGGCGCGACUGCCAGGGGACCGCAGAGGAGGACCGAGGGUCCACCACCGAGGAGGAGUCCGAAUCCGACGGGGAAAUCGAGUGCGAUCUGAGCAACAUGGAAAUUACAGAGGAGCUCCGUCAGUACUUCGCAGAGACGGAAAGACACAGAGAGGAGUUGCGAAGGCAACAGCAGCUGGAAGCCGAGAGCCAGGACACGUAUGUGGAGGCUGAUCACGAUCUGCACCUUCCCACCAGGCGGUCAGUGCGGCCCCCGGUAGAGAGACCGGGAGAGAGAAGAAUGGCAGAAAUGAAGAAACUCUAUGGGGACAGCGCUGCCAAGAUCCUGGCCAUGGAGACAGCCAUGCAACUCAACUUCGACAGGGGCUGCGAUCUAAAGCAGCCCAAGUACUGGCCAGUUAUUCCUCUGAAGCUCUGAGCCAGGCUGGUUCCCUGGAGGCCCCUACUCUAUCGGAUAUCCUGGUGUCCCGAAGCUGGUGACCUCCCCCUCCAAAAUUCUUCGUUUUCCCAGUAGCCGCGGGAGCCAUUAUACUUCCUUCCUUUUCCCUUUUGAAAGGCCACCAGUGUGGCCAAGUGGACAGUGUCAGGAUGGAUGGCAAAGUCAGGAUAUUUUUGAUAAAAUAAAACUUUUUGUGUCUUCUGGCAAAACAGUCUUUAUUUCUUACUGCAAGAGCAGUGUCUUUUACUGGAGUGGUGAUCAAGCGUUUCUCUUUUCACCCCAACUGCUUUUUUUUCCCCUCCAACUUUAAGCAGACGCCAGUUAAACCUCCUCAGAAUCAAUGGCUUCCUUUUCACCUCCACAGAGCUCAAGUUUACUCAGACGUGGUAGUGUGGGGCAAGUCCACUUAAACCUCUGCAUCUCCCAAAUUGCUUACUUUAAAAGAAAACAAUUCCUGAAUACACUACAUAUUUUCUAGGAUUCUCCUUCUUAGAAAGCUGCAGAAAGGAAACUUUCUGAAAACUUACUUGAAAACUCUGCAGAGGCCUACAAAUUGAUGUAACAGUCCAUUGUAAUUGCUACCUCUUAAAUGAACUGUUACUGUAUAUUGCCUCUAUGAGCCAGUCAACUUCAGAAGAUUAACACAUCAACCAAGUUGGGGUGAAAACACCCAAUAUUGACACAUUUAUUCCAAAGAACAUUUUGUUUAACAUUCCAGCCCUUGCCCCAAGACAAAUGCAGUACUUUCUUCACCCCAUGGUGCUUAUUUUUCCACUUCACAUUUUAUUACCUGGGUUUCCAAUUUGUACAGGGGCAUUCUAGACAAAAUUCUGAAUUAACUUGCCCGGAAAAUUACUCUGGCACAAGGGUUAUCUAGUAUAUUUUUCACACUUGCGAUGCUAAAAUUAUUUUAAAAAGAAAUGUGACUUGCAAGAGGAACAACCUUUGCUUUUGGCCUAACAACCAGAACAUCCAUUGUUUUGGGAGUAGGAGGGAUUGAGGAAAGGGAAUGGAGAAUACUUCCAGACUCUGAAGUCCUAGAAUUGGCUAGCACCAAGGAUUGUGAGGCAGAGAACAAUGUUUUAAAUAGAAAAUGGCAAAUAAAGUAUGAUUUA